GCGACCGCCUCGAACGGAGUACGAAGUGCAGAAGUUGGAGAAAAAUUGGUGAAAAUUCAGGAAAAGCCAUUUAAUCCGAUCUCCCGAUAAGCGGACACUUCGUUUAGGCAAUCAGUGCACCUAGUGAGACACCAUGGCUGCCACUGCCAGGAUUUUUGCUCGUGUUAGAGAUAACCUCGUAUUGCCCGGAGUGAGGUUCAACAGCGUCUACAAUGCCACCCGGAAGAACUUAAUCCUUACGGGUGAGACUCGUGUGAUCUGCCAGGGAUUCACGGGCAAACAGGGCAGCUUCCAUGGUAAGCAGGCCAUUGAGUAUGGAACGAAGAUGGUUGGCGGAGUGUCGCCAGGAAAAGGAGGAAAAACUCACCUAAAUCUUCCCAUCUUCAACACGGUGAAGGAGGCAAAACAAGCGACAGAUUGCGAAGCAACGGUAAUCUAUGUGCCACCCCCUCAUGCUGCAAAGGCAAUUUUUGAAGCUUUAGAAGCUGAAAUUCCGCUGAUUGUGUGCAUUACGGAGGGUAUUCCGCAGCAGGAUAUGGUACGCGUGAAGCAUGCCCUUCUGCGGCAGGAUAAGUCGCGUCUUGUGGGUCCCAAUUGUCCGGGGAUCAUUGCACCCGAUCGCUGCAAGAUUGGCAUUAUGCCGGGGCACAUCCAUCGGCAGGGCUGUGUGGGUGUUGUAUCACGUUCCGGUACACUCACGUAUGAGGCUGUCAAUCAGACGACAGAAGUGGGCUUGGGGCAGACACUUUGCGUGGGAAUUGGGGGUGAUCCCUUCAAUGGUACCGACUUUAUUGAUUGCCUCAGUAUCUUCCUCAAGGACCCGGAAACGAAGGGUAUUGUUCUCAUUGGUGAAAUUGGUGGUGUUGCCGAGGAGAAGGCAGCUGAGUUCCUUCUUGAGCACAACCAGGGAAUUAAGGCGAAACCUGUUGUGUCGUUUAUUGCGGGUCUUACAGCACCACCGGGACGUCGUAUGGGUCAUGCAGGAGCUAUUAUCUCGGGCGGUAAGGGUGGAGCGCAAGAUAAGAUUAAUGCUCUUGAGAAGGCGGGAGUUAUUGUGACGCGUAGUCCGGCGCAAAUGGGCAAGGAGCUGUAUAAGGAGAUGAAGCGUCUUGAACUUUGUUAAGAAGGAAAAAUAAUAAAAAUGAAAAAUCAGCCAGCCCGCCAUUAAAAGUGGGAUACAACUCCAUGGAGCCUCCGAUAGAAAGGAAAGGUGCUUCGCCAUCUCAGUGGGUAAAAUAUUUGUCACAAAAUUCCAUCAAAUAGAGCGUCUUUUGCAGUUUUUCUUUUAACUUGUCUUGAUCCUCCCAAUAACUUUGCCUUCUUCUCUUUUGUCUCCCUUAAUUCCCUUUCCCAGGUGCUUUGUGUUCUUCCUCUAAUACCAUUCCCCAAAUAAAGACGCUCUGCUUGACGAAAUGUGUGACAAUUCAUGCAGAUUUAAUUGUUAUUUAUAAAAUAAUAAAAAUAUAAAUCCAUCGAGAGAUAAACUAAAAAAAAAUGAAGGAGAAUAAAUGAAUCACAACACACUCACACAUUUUAGAGAAGAUUUAGUGGAAUUAAAAAAAAAUGCACUCUUUUGAUUGUUAAAAAAAGAAAAAAAUAAUUGUGAAGCUGAUAAAUUAAAUCGCAAUGAAAAAGUGAA